GGAGGCGCAGGUCCCCGCCCGAGGGAGUGCGGCCUCGGCCCGCCUGCCUGAGCCGCGAAGGCCGGGUGGAGAAAAGGCCGGGCUUUGAGCCUAGCUCCUACCUCAGCAGGGCUUGUUUUCGGGGGUGUCGUGGCCCCCUAAAACCAUCUGUCUUUCUGAGGGGGUUAAGGCGGUGGGGGGGGACGGUGGGGUGGAACUCGCUGUGGGGUGCUCACCUAAAUAUUCAAGGAUUGAUGUGAAAUGACGAGCAUCUCGUCUGUCUGGUCACCCCCUUAACACUGCGAUUAAGGACACACGUGCUCAGGGCCUGCAACAUUCCGCCUGAAGUACACGGAGUACAUCCUGGUUGAAACGGCACUGAGCUGUGUGCUCAGAAGACCUAUUUGGGACCAUGGCUAUUGACUGGACUGGUUUUGCAUAUGCUGCAAUGCUGGCUGUUGGAGGUGUUGUAGGAUAUGUUCGUAAAGGUAGUAAAACCUCUUUAGCUGCUGGUCUCACCUUUGCUUCUAUGGCUGGUUAUGGAGCUUACUGCGUAACACGUGAUCCAAGAAAUGUGAAGAUAUCAUUGUUUUCAGCUUUUCUUUUGACCAUUAUAAUGGGAAUGAGGUUCAAGAGGUCCAAGAAAUUAAUGCCAGCCGGACUAGUAGCAUGCCUGAGGCGGAUACAUCUGAUAUGGACUGACUUUCUCAGCACAGAAAGGAGAGAUCUGCAAUUAAAUAUUAAUGCAUAUUGAUAAGGCUCUUGGAAGAACCUGAGCCUCUUCAUGAUUUUAAGGCUUGUUUUUAUGCUGCUGUAGGAGAAUUCAGCAACUUAAGAACCAAAAUAUGACUGCCGUGCCCACCGAACAAACAGGCAAGCUCCCCAUACUUGAAAAACAAGUUUGAACACAAGUCUUACAAUGCAUUUAUCUUUUCUGUAAAAGAUCUGUACCUGCUAUAUGGUUAUUGACAAUUGCUGAUAUUUUGGAAGCUUUUUUUAUUAAACUAAAACAAGUGUUUUGUUGAUGAUAUAUUUUGAUCUACUUCCAUUUAAGCAAUCUGUUAAUUCAAGGGAUCUUUCUCUAUAAGUUUGGUCUCUUUCAGGGGUGCUGAGCACCCCAAGAAAUUGAGUUAGUCUUGCACUGUAUCUCUGAGAGAAGAAUAUAUAUAAAUAUAUGUUUACGCUAAAAAGCUAUAUUGUACUGAACCAUAAUUUUGUAGCUUCUGAGAUUGUGAUCAGUUCUAAUCAUAUUAUCAAUUACUAAUCAAUAAAGGCUCGGGCCUGUACAGUGUUCCACUAGAAAACCCACCUCCCUUUCAACACGUUCCUGUUCCACUGGUUCUAAAUGUAAAAACUAUUAUCAGUGUUCAAAUAAAAUGUAAAAUGUU